CCUGGAUGGGAGUAGUGUCAUGAAAAGCAAAAUGAAUAUUGCCUUUAUCUAUGACGUUCCAGUUUAUCCCAACUGUUUAAUUUAUAAACUCCAAAGUAAAGACUUCUCCUCCUCGUGUUGCUUGAGAAACGCAUGACGGGCCAAUGAAUGAGCGUCAUUCAUUAAAUCUCUGGUCUGGCUGUAACUUUUCUCCCUGAUAAAUUAAAGUGGAAUUAAUUUCCCUGCUACUGGAUCCCUGAUGUGCAAUGGACGAGGGUAUGGUCUUAUAAGGAUGUGUGCGUGUUUGAGUGACUACGUACACAGCGAUGAGCCUUGCUGUAUCCUCAGCCCAACAGUGAGACCUCUGCUGAUGCUGAUGCUGAUGCUCCGCAUUCUGACACACCGGCGCAGCUCAACCUCGGGACAGACACCACAGAGCCUAUCAGGCCAUAAAGUGGUGUGAAGGUUAUUGAGCUGACCAGACAGACACCAAUCGCUAUGGAGCUGCACUUGUUCGCCACGGCCUGUCUCUUCUUUGGCAGGAUAAUGAUAACGCAUCAAACCACUCACAUGAACUCAGUGUCUACGUUUCUGUUCACUCCUCGCGGGCCUCAGAUGUUUCCGUGUCUAACAUACCUCGAGCGAAAUGUCAGGGUGGACUGUGAGUUUCCACCCACCUACCAGGUCCCCGGCCCCUACUGUGAGUACCGGCAGGACAGCCGCCUGGUGGGCAGCACCUACCCCAACGCCGUCGUCUAUGUGGCCACAGAGGACCGCAGGAGAAGCAACGUCAGCCUGGUCAGUCCUAAUCUGUGCCGCCUUACCUGGGCCCCGCUGGCUGAUGAGAAGCCUUUCACCUACACCUGCAGGGUUUACCAGGGCAGCAGCUGGAAGGAGAACAGCAUGGCCGUUCAUCACAGGAUUCUUCCAAUCUGCUCUGCAAUCAGUGUAAUGUUCAAAUCUGCUCCAUGGUUUUUGUCACUGUUGAUGUCAAUUCCGGUGGCUGUGGGUCUUCUGAGUCCAUGAACUCUUACUUUCACAGGAUAGUUACUCAGUGGACCUUUCUCACAUGAUUUGUAACUCACUGUCGUUUGUUAAUUUUCGUUUUUUUCCUUUUAUUUUAUAUUAUUUUAUUUAGGCAGAGAGAGAAAGCCAAAAAGCCAUGAAAUAAAUUAGAAAUGAAAUCAACCUUUCAUUGAGCAUUGGGCUAUUCUUUAAAAACGUAUGUACAUUUCAGAUGUGAAAGUAAGAUUUUAUAUAAUAGACCUCAUUCACACCACUGUACCUUGAACAUUAUAUGCUGAAACUGUCGCAAAUCUCUUGGUUGAUCAUGUUCCCCUUGUAAAUAAGAUUAAUUGGGACAUAUAUCUAAACAAUUAUAUUGUUAAUGGCCAAAUAAAAUAUUUUUUUUGUAUUUUUUGUUAAAGAAAAAACGGUGCUUCCUAGAUUUAUAUUGCAUCAUAUUAUUGUUCUAAACAAAAAUGGGUUUGAUUAUAUACACUGACAUGAAAAAGUGGAGAUCAAACACUUAAAGAGUAGUGAGCCUUUUGAUUGGAGUUCUUAAGCUAUAUAUUUCUUAAGUAGUGUCUGUCAGUUUACCCUGCUUAUUUUAAUUUGGAUUACAUUACAUUACAGUCUCACCAGUCUGCUGAACUAUAAAUAAAAAAGGCAGGUAUUCAGAUGGCUGACAUGGCUAUUAAGUUUUAGUAAUACAUAACUGCUCAAACACUGCCUUUUUAGCUAGUAAUGUUAAUCUCUGUAACCUUCAGUAUGUUUGAAUAGAACUUACAUCUGUAUACUGGACCCCUGUGUCAGGGUCACCAUGGUUAUAGCAAAGCUGCUCAAGUACUGUCUCUUUUCUACUCCUCUUGGAGAGCAAUACUACUUGAUUGG